UCAGGAUCAGUGGGUGAUGAUUAAGAUUAAAUUAAGAAUAAAACGACUGUGAAAUAAUUUUGAAGAAAUCAUUUAAUAGGAGCUGUUUGUUCUUGUAUUCAAUUCGACAACAGACAGAAUAUAUUGAAGGCAGACGUUUUUCCUCCAUAGUUUAAAUUUUCACUUUUUAUAUUUAGACAACAUUUUUUUCUAGGGUAUACUUUACUAAUAACUGGAAACAACGUACUGUAGGGUUAUUCUAACUGUUGAAAGUCCUAAAUAAAAGAUUAUUUUAAUUGUAUUAUUAUUAUAAUUAAUAUUAUUAUCAUUAUUAUAAUAUGGUGUUUUCUUUUGAAGUGUCACGGAGAAAGGUGACCGGAUGUGCUUGUGCUAAUUGCCGGGAGCUUGACGCCUGCUCGCGCUGUUCUGUGAUCAUGGCUGCGCCGGACCACAGCAGCCAUGUUUGCUAAUUUAAAAACCCAAAGGUUAUGGAAUAGAUGUUUUAUAUUAUUUAUCGCUGUUCCAUCAUCUCCACCCGCACAGCUGUCAACACGACGGGCCGAAGAAGCCUCCGGGGCGGUCCUCGGAACUGAAAGAUGGAGUCAAAUAGUCAUUUCAACUACGGCAGCCACUCCUCAGCAAACUCAGGACUGAAACGCUCCUCAGGGGAUUCGCUCUACACCAACGGCUCCUCCAUGAGUUUCUCUCAGCAGGGGAAGAAUCUGAACGGUGAGAUUAAUGUGAACGGCACCACUACUGUACACGGCUCCGGCGUGCCCAGUGCCCACCCGCCGACUGCUCCGUACCCACACGUGAGCAACCACCACCAGGGCAGCAUGAGCUACGACUACCGGUGGGGGGGAGGGCACCCCCAGUACGCCCCGGCCAUGGGCACGUCCCCGGGACACGGGAUGCACCAGAAGCAGCCCGCGCCUGGGAUGGCGCAGCCUCAGUCGCAGCACCACUUCCAGGGUCACGGACAGUACCAACUGAACGGGGGCAUUGAAGGCUCCCACCAGCCGCCGGUGGCAGGCCCCACAAACAUGCCUCUCACUGGGAGUCAGUACUGGAACAGGAGUAACCCCGGCCCGCAGCAGAUGGGCUAUAACUCUCACGGCGUGUACGGGACCUACCAGAGUCAGGCGCAUCCCGGGGUUACACCGUCACAGCAUCACCAGCAGCAGCAGUCCCUACAGCCCCCGCCACAUCAGGCAUCACAGCAACACCCCCACUCUCACCGCCACCCGCAGCAGCACCACCACCACCAGCAGCACCAGCAACCACAGCAUUACGGCCUGAUGCCCAAUGGGAUGCCCUACUACCAGCAUCAGCCCCAGCCCCAGCACCAGACCCUGCCCUCUCCUCAGCAGCAGCAGCAGUCACCGCAGCAGUCGCAGCCUCCAGGCCAGGCUCAGCUGAUGCCCCCAGCAACCCAGAACUUUACCCCUCCACGUGGCAGCCCGCAGCACCACGGCGUGGGCAGAGCGGGCACCGACAGCCCCCUCCCGGUGGGGAUGACCUCGGCCACCAUGAUAUCACCAUCCACAGUGCAGGACAGUGGAUCGCCCAGGAGCCACGGCAGGGACGGCAGCCUGGGAGUAUCAGGUUCAGGACUCACGCGGGACGCGGUCAAGGAGGGAGACACCAGCUACAAUGGCGGCGGUGAUCGCGCACCAGUGGCUCAGAGGCUUCCCAAAACCGACAGUUACCAAACCAAACCUUCUGCGGCUCACGUGGGACCAGCGGGCGAUUAUCGACAGAGUUCUGACCAGCUGGCUGCUCAGUGUCCUCCUGAGGUGUCGUCUCCCGCCGGAGAGGCAGUCGUGAAUCCCCCUCCUCUUCCUCCCCAGUUUGUGUCGUCGUCGUCCUCUGCAGCUCCUCCCAAAUCUGUGCCUGUUUCGUCCCCCGACGUGGAAUCUGUUCCACCACGAAUUUCGGCGUCUCCCAGUGUGUCUCCAGCAGCUCCUCCCCAGCUUUCCUCACCUCCUCGAAUGGUUCAAGGCCCCAGACCUCUCCCGUCUGAAGUAACUCCUGCCAGGUCCUCGUCCUCCUCCUCCUCCUCCCUGUCGGCGUCACCUCAGAAGUUGUCCAAACCUCCAGUCUCUUCAACUGUGGAGUCGGCGUUGCCUCCUGCGGCGUCUGGGCCUCGGACAGCGGUCUCCCCGCCGGACGUCACGUCCUCGUCGUCUGCGCCCCUCUCGUCUCUUCAGCAAAUGGUGAAAGGUUCCAUCGCCUCUCUCUUUCCUGAUGCAUCUGGAGCGCAGCACGAAAAGCCGGGACCCCCGAGAUUGGUCACUUCCUCUUCAUCAGCUGGUCUGGUUCCAUCGGUCAUGUCCAAAUCGGGAGCUUCGACCUCAGCACCACCCGGCUCCUGUUCGUCAACAUCUACGUCUUCGGUCGGCGGUAAACCUUGUGACCACACACACACUCCUCCAGCUAUCGACACUGGUCUUUCCUAUGCCUCAGCAGCAUCAUCAUCAUCUUCAUCAUCACCACCAGGAGAGGUGAAUUUAUCCUCCCUCGCAGCCCAAGGUAAAGUCCAACCUCUGUCUACCCUACCUCUUCUAACCACUCAAGCCUCCAGGACUGCGGCCGUGUCCGCCCCUCCUGCCUCGGUGUCUUCGCCUCCUGCGUCGGGUUCGUCCUCUGGUUCUGACUCUGAGCAGCAUCCACCCAACACCACUGGUCCUCGUGCACUGGAGCAGCCGUCUCCCAGGCCACAGCACCGUGGUCAUGGCGGCAAGGAUGGGAAAGUGUUCAGUAGUAGAAGAAAUGUAAAACCUGAGGAACGCCUCCCUCACCCCGAUUCAAGCACGAGGACACUACAGACUGAGACGAGUAAGUCCCUCGCUGAUCUUCCUCUGCCGACCACCGCCGCCUUUGAUCAAACGGCCAAGAAUCGACAGAAGGACUUGGAAAAGUCCACGGUGGAGCAAAGCCCACCCGCACUGUCUCCACCACAUCGCAGCACGAGGGUACAACAUCUGGCCCAAGACAGUUUUGACAGCUCUUCACUCGCUGCUUCUCAGUUCGAUGGGGAAUCAUCGUGUGACACGCCCUCCAGGAUGGAGGUCAGCUCCGUGUUUGAGAAGUCGUCUCUUUUGGACGACGACGCCGGCUCAGGCUCGGACGACGACUCCGCUCAGUUUGACGACAGCUUUGGCCCGAGCAAAGACGCUUCUCAGUUUGACAGCAGCUCCCAGGCUGAGGAGGAACCGUCGACCAUGUUUGACGCCACCGGAGACGGCAGCUUCUUCUCCGCGGACGACUCCAGAGACGACGACGCGUUGGACGCCACCGGAGGAGGUACCUCCGAGGCCGAAGAGACAGAGAGCAGUUGUCAGAUCACCGGGGGAUCGGCACUGGAGUCUUCUCUGAACAGCACCGCUCCCAUGGACGAACCCUCCGCGGACUCGAGUGAUGGACCCAACUCACGCCUGUUAUUGCAGAUUGGUCGUCAAGGAGCCGAGGCCGAGUGGGAGGCCAGAGGACGACGUUCACCCAACUCAGCUGGACGCAGCAGCAUCAAGACCACUGUCGACGAGUCAGUGACUCUGCCGAGUCUCAACAUGAGAGAUGAGAACUUCAUCGCCUUCAGUAUCCCGGUACAGAGCCCUGCGGUACACCCACUGCAACCGGUGAUGGAUCUGCCAGCGCCGGCUGCUGCGGAUCCCAUGACGACUCCGGGAAAACAACGCAAACCUCGAGCUCCGAAGGCGAUGUGGAUUAAAACCCCAGUUCCAGCGGCGUCCCAGCGGAAGCCGCGCACUCGAACACCCAAAGUGGAGAAGGUCAAGCCCGACGAAGCGGAUGGAAGUAAACCGCAGGCGGCCACAGGCAGGAAGAGGAAGAAGUCCCUCAGAGCGGACGAGAAAGAACCAUCGGGUGCGUCCGGAGAGGCGGGGCCUUCUGCAGAAGAGGUGGAUUCAGUCACGGCCACGAUCGAAGCCGUUCUGGCCGAGGCUUUGGCCUCAGCGGGCGAGAAACCAAAGAAGGCGAAGAGAGCCAAGAAACAAGACGUGGCGAAAACGGCCAAACAAGACGGCGACGCAACGGCUGACGACGACGCUGAAAACGACGACGACAGCUCCACUGCAGGUGAAUCGAAGGGACGCAGGGUCGCGACGGAGGAGCAGGUCCAGUUCCCUCUGGCGCACGGGUGGAAGAGGGAGAUUCGAGUGAAGAAAGCGGAGAAUCGCAUGAAGGGGGAGACGUGGUACUACACCCCCUGUGGAAGGAGAAUGAAGCAGUUCCCGGAAAUAGUCAAGUACCUGAAGAGACACACGGACACCGUGGUCUCCAGAGAACACUUCAGCUUCAGCCCUCGGAUGCCCGUCGGAGACUUCUACGAAGAGAGGGAAACCCCCGAGGGUAUGAAGUGGAUCCUCUUGGCCAACGAGGAGGUUCCCUCCAUGAUCAUGGCGAUCACCGGCCGCCGAGGUCGACCUCCGAACCCCGACAAAGAGAAACCCCGCAGGGCCCGCGGCCUGAAGCGAGGCCCGGCCCGCCGCCCCGGCAGACCCCCCAAACCCAAGAUGAUUGACCUCCUCAGCAAAGUUGACGCCAAGCUGCUGAGUCGACUCGAGGCCAAAGAUGCUCUUACGGAGGAGGAAAAGGAGAAAAUGGCGAAAAUCAAAAAGAAAAUGAAGAAGAAGGCAAGAAUGAAGAGAAGGCAGGAUGCUAAGCAAAAGAAGAUGAAAGAGGAGAAAAAGAAAGCCAAGCUCGAGGAGGCGAAGAGCGCGGAGCCGAAGGUCGAACCAGCCGACCCGACGGCACCGCAGGUCACACAGCCGGUGUCCGAGCCCGCCGCAGAACCCAAGAAGCCGGGCCGCAGAAGGUCCGCCAAGGUGGAGGCCCCUCCGCCGGUGCGGCAGACGGACGAGGAGAGGAUAGCCCAGGGUAAGAGGGUCCUCAGCGCCCGGAGCAAAGCCAAGGCUCUGGCCAAAGCUCAGGCAGAGGCGGAGGCGGCGGCUCAGGCCGCUCUGUCGGCGAAGAGGGCGGCCGAGAGGAGAGCGCAGGCCCAGAGGCGCCUGGAGGAACGGAAGCGGCAGCAGCUGAUCGCGGAGGAGCUGAAAAAGCCCGCGGAGGACAUGUGUCUCACUGACCACAAGCUGUUGCCCGAGUUGUCGCGUAUUCCCGGUGUGGUGCUCUCCGGCACCGCCUUUGCCCACUGCCUGGCCGUGGUCGAGUUCCUGCACGGCUACGGGAAAGUGAUUGGCCUCAACAUUCCCAAGGACAUCCCCAGCCUCGCCACCCUGCAGGAAGGCCUCCUCGGCCUUGGCGACGGCCAAGGAGAGGUCCAAGACCUGCUGAUAAAGCUGGUGGAGGCUGCGCUCCACGACCCGGGCCUGCCGUCUUACUACCAGUCGGUGAAGAUCCUCGGAGACAAGCUGGUGGAGUUGAAGUUGACCCGCGGCACUGUGUCAGAAGUGCUCCGUGUCUUUCUGGAGUCGCACGGUUACGAUACGGACGUGUGCAACACGCUGAGGACCAAGACGUUUCAUGCACUGCCCCCCGACACCAAGGCCUCCAUCCUGGGUUUCCUGGUGGACGCGCUGAACGGCAGCAACGUUGUGACGAGUGAUAUAGACAACACGUUGGAAAACAUUGCGACCUACAGGAAGAACAAGUGGAUCAUCGAGGGGAAAUUACGCAAACUUAAGGCGGCGCUAGCGCGUCGAACCGGGCGCUCAGAGGAGGAACUGUGUUUCGAGGAGCGGCGGCGCAGCGCCAGAGUGGCCGAGGAGGAGAACCUCAGUCUGGAGGAGGUCGGCGCGGCGACUGAGAGGGGCAACCGCCGCGCACGCAAAGAGGAGCCCAAACUCAGCGACAGUGAGAGUCCCACUAACGCCAGCGUCCCGGAGCUGGAGAGGCAGAUCGAUAAGCUAACGAAGCGCCAAGCGUUUUUCCGUAAAAAGCUGCUGCAGUCGUCUAAUUCCAUGCGUGCCGUCUUGCUGGGCCAGGACCGCUACCGCCGCAGAUACUUGGUUCUGCCUCACCUCGGAGGAGUUCUGGUCGAGGGGCCCGAGGAGCUCUUGACCUCAGGAGACGUCCUCGUAGCUGAGGUGCCCGUCACCUUCUUGAAGAAGGAGCCCAAAGUCGAGGAGAUUCCUGUGCCGACCACUUCUCCCACUGCUCUUCCUGCCUCUCCCACCGCUGCUCCCCCCGGCCAGAGCUCGUCCCCGGAGGAAGACCCCCUCCCCGGCACCGCGUCUCUCAUGAGCCGGCCGAGGGGACGCGGCCGCCCCCGGAAAAUCAAACCCGAAGUGGAGCUUCACCUCCGCACGGCCAAGAUCCGCCGCCGGCGUCGGAGCAGCGUGCGGUCGGGCGGCGAAGAGGGGCCGGGAUCGCCCAACAGCGGCACGAUGGACCUCACACAAACUGCUUUCCACAACUGGCUCAGCCAAUCGCAGGAGGCGGCGGCGUUGGCCAACGGCACGUGCUCGGCGGCAGGGGAGGCGCCGGAGGGCAACCGGCCGGAGGAGAGCGUGAAGCAGAUGGCGGAGAAACAGGGACAGUGGUUCAACCUGCUCCCGAAGCAACCGUGUGACCACAACUCGCUCACCGAGCCGCAGGCUCCCGCCUCUCCCCGCUCACCCCCGAAACUCCUCCCCCAGGUCCCGAGCGAUCUGCCCGCACUCGCUUCUCCGCUGCUACAGCCGGACCCGCUCCUGCCUGGCUUGGCUCCUGCUGACCCCGUGACCCCAGCAACACCACAGGACCUUCCCCCCACACUUCCCGUCGGUGCCCCACCGUUGCUCAUUCCGGAUGCUGCUCCUCCUGCUCCGACCACCCCCAGGGCCCGGCCCGUUCGAAGGCGGAGGAGGGGCAGCAGAGGCGGCAGUCCGGCCCGGAGAGGCCCCCGAGGAGCGGCAGCCAAGCGCCGCGGCCGCCCUCCCAGCGCCGUCUUCCAGGAGCUGGAGCAGCAGUACUUCACUCAGCUGGUGGUCAAACCCAUCCCAUCGUCGAUGGUGCGUGGCUGGUGGUGGAUCAAGGACCCGGAGGAACUGUACUACACAUUACAGGCGCUUCAUCCCAGAGGAAUCAGGGAGAAGGUGCUGCACAAGCACCUUGCCAAACACAUGGAGAGUUUAACUGAGAUGUGCAGCAAAUCCGUCAACGACCCGAUGUUUGAGUCGAAGGUGGAGCAGAAGAACGGGCUGUUGGAGGCUCUGCAGCAGCCGUGGCAGGUGCAGGAGAGGGCCAUGGAGACGGACGUGAGCGCCCUCCAGUGGGUGGAGGACCUGGAGCAGAGGGUCAUUGCCGCCGACCUUCACCUGAAGGCGCUUCCUCAGAGUGCGGUGAGCGAUGCUGAAACUAACACCGAGACGCCAACAGCAGAAUUUCAGCCGUACACGAUCCCAGAACCUGACUCCACGCGCGACGACCUCCAGUACUACGAACACGACGCCGACCCACGCGACGACUGGACCGUGCGCACCAAGAAGGAGUGGUCGGGCCUGCCCCGCAUCGCCACGCACCCUCUGGACCUGGCCGUGCUGCGGCUGUCCAACCUGGAGCGGAACAUCGAGCGGCGCUACCUGAAGGAGCCGCUGUGGAACCCGGCAGAGGUGAUGCGCCUCGCGCCGCUCACCCCAACGCCGGGAGAAGAGCAUCCGAUGGACGUGUUCAGUCUGGAGAGUGAGAUCACCUCUCGGCUGCGGACGUGGCGUCAGGCUCUGGAUCGCUGCCGCAGCGCUCCGCAGGUCUGCCUGUGUCUGCUGCAGCUGGAGAAGGCCAUCGCCUGGGAGAGAUCCGUGACCAAAGUGAAUUGUCAGAUUUGCAGGAAGGGCGACAACGACGAGUCUCUGCUGCUGUGUGACGGCUGCGACCGCGGCUGCCACAUGUAUUGUCUGAGGCCCAAAAUCACUCAGGUGCCAGAGGGAGACUGGUUCUGUCCCACCUGCGUCGCCAGGGACGAAGGCGAAUCGCCGCGCUUGUCGAAAUCCAGAGUCCGGACGAAGAAGAGAAGAUACGAAGACGACAGCUCUGAAGAUGAAACCAGCGCUCGGCGCAGUUCUGGCAUGGCGACGCGGAACAAGGAGACGGCGGCGCCGUCCUCGUCCUCUCGUCACUCUGGAGAAGGAGGCUCUGCUGCCGCAGCCGCCGCGGCUGCCGCUAAACGCCGCCGCAUGACGACGCGCAACCAGCCCGACCUCACGUUCUGCGAGAUCAUUCUGAUGGAGAUGGAGUCUCACGCAGACGCCUGGCCGUUCCUGGAGCCCGUCAACCCCAGAAUGGUGCCGGGCUACCGCCGCAUCAUCAAGAACCCCAUGGACUUCCUCACCAUGAGGGAGCGACUCCUGCAGGGAGGGUACUGCAGCUGCGAGGAGUUCGCGGCCGACGCUCAUUUGGUCUUCAACAACUGCGAGAUGUUCAACGAGGACACGUCGGAGGUGGGAGCGGCCGGUCACGCCAUGAGGCGCUUCUUCGAGAGCCGCUGGGCGGAGUUCUACUCAAAUAGGGACAAAUAGACUCCGUCUGGAGCUUCCUCCAGCCACAUGUACUUUCUCAUGUAUAGGUAUAUAUGUAUAGAUUUUUGGCUAUUUGUCUGUUAUUAUUUCCUCUACGGGACGGAUCUUUCCAGGCCCCUGAUGGAUGAAACUGGCUUGAACUCGCUCUCAUUCCCCCGUCACCGUGGAGGAGAACACGUCUCGUCACCUUCUCCUCCUCUUGUGUCUCCUCAUCCUCAUUGUCACCUCAUCUCCCCCCCCCCCCCCCCCCCAUGGUGUCGUAGCGAGGCCAGGUCCAGGUCUCGGACUCUCGGACUCGUACUGAGGGUCCAGCGGACCCGCCGCUCUCCGGACCCGCUCGCCGUCGCCACAGCGGGAUCCACACUCUCCUCCUCACUAGAGCUCGGGCCAUUUCUUACCUGUUCAAUGGAACGUAACGUAAACGUGGUCCUCUUAUGCCUAGAAGUAACUUUUUCUGCUCAAUAUAUUUUUUAUUAUAUAUUCUAUAUAUAAAUAUAUAUAAAGAUUACAAUAGCUGGGAUUAUUUAAUAGCAAUAGCAUCGUAGUUGAAUGUGUACAGACGACCUUUAUAGAGAAGUCUCGACCCGUUCACGACCAGGCCAGUGAAACUAAGAGGAAUCUUAUCGUCGGGGACGAGUUAGACGUUGUGUAACCGCCACGUAGAGUCCUGCACGUACACACACACACACGCACACGCACACACACACACACACACACACACACACACACACACACUGCUGCUGCUGCUGUGUGAGACACUGGUUUCUGAAACUGGAGGAUUUUUAAUGUCGGGGGUUCGACGUUAUCCACUGUUCCUCCGGUCAAGAGUAAAAUAUUCAGUGUCGCCGCCGACAAGAAGCUGCUGCACGAGAUCGGCGACGCAGCUCAACGCUGAUGUUGUCGCUCAUAUGAUAUAAAAAACAAAAAAGGUUAAAAAAACGGUGUUUGCAGCUUCAUCGACCUACAACUUGAGCGACCGGGUGAGAACAUGACGACGGUUAUUACUGAGGCUGAAAAAGAGAAUCCUCAUUUUAAAGACUAGAGAAGCAGAGUAGUUCUGACGCAUUCCUUUUUAUGUUUAUUUUUUACAUUUUUUGUUGCUGUUCACGGGCCAAUGUCCAACGUUGUGCGACAGGGUUGUUGUUGUGUGUUAAUGAAGGCAACAGUUUGACUCCACACUCUGGGUUUUUAUUUAAAACAUGUUUCUUACACUGAACUCGAAUCCGUUUGAUGGGGAAAAAAAAUAAUCUUUGUGACGUUCCUGAAUUACACUUUAAAAGGGACGAGAGGUUUUGGGGUUUUUUUCAUAAAAGGAAAAAAGACAAAAAAAGACAAUGACAAACCAAAUGUGGUGUUUAAAGUGAAUUUUUAAUAAUGUACAGUUUUGGUGACUUUAAAUUUUGUUCCUUUAUAUUUUUAGGACCAAUUCAUCAUUUUUAAGAGGAGCUAUUACACGACUCUGUUGUAUUACGGUGAUGUAACACGUGUGCAUCUGUAGAAUGUACUGUGAGUUGAAUAAAGACCACACCUAGUCGAGA